AUACUGUAUAUGCUUAAGGCCUACUUCUUUAAUUUCACUGCCAGAAGACUUCCUCUCUAGUUUUUGUGAGCCCUGUUUAUGUGUUUGUUGCAGGGGAUGGAGGGAAUCAAAGUUUUCCUCCACGACAGGGAACUUUGGACAAAGUUUGAUGAAGUGGGAACAGAAAUGAUCAUCACCAAGGCUGGGAGGAGGAUGUUCCCCAGUUACAAGGUGAAGGUUACAGGACUCAACCCAAAAACCAAGUACAUCCUCCUGAUGGACAUUGUCCCCGGGGACGACCACCGCUACAAAUUUGCAGACAACAAAUGGUCGGUGACGGGGAAGGCUGAGCCCGCGAUGCCCGGGAGGCUCUACGUCCACCCGGACUCUCCCGCCACCGGGGCUCACUGGAGCCGCCAGCUCAUCUCCUUUCAGAAGCUCAAACUCACCAACAACCACCUGGACCCCUUUGGACAUAUAAUACUCAACUCCAUGCACAAAUACCAGCCUCGCCUCCAUAUUGUCAAGGCAGACGAGAACAACGGCUUUGGCUCAAAAAACACGGCUUUCUGCACCCACGUCUUCCCUGAGACGGCAUUCAUCGCUGUGACGUCCUACCAGAACCACAAGAUUACACAGCUGAAGAUAGAGAAUAAUCCUUUCGCUAAGGGCUUCAGGGGCAGCGACGACAAUGAGCUGCACCGCAUGGCCAAGCUACAAGGUAAGGACUACCCUGUGGUCCCUCGCAGUACUGUCCGUCAGAGAGCCUGCUCCACCACGAGUCCCUUCAGUGGGGAGGGUCGGGGUCUGCGAGGUUCCCCCGAAACUGUCGGAUCCCCCUACAGUUGUGAGAACGGCUUGAGCAGCGGCAGUCCUCAGGAGCUGCUGAGGGCUCCCCCUGCACACUACGCGCUGCCUCAUCCUCACCUGCAGCACGGCCAACAGCCACAAGUCUCCCACUGCACCAAGAGGAAAGUGGAGGAAAACUGCUCUUCAGGAAACCACCAGCACCUGUACAAGAAACCCUUUACCGGUGGCUCUCCAAGUGAGGGCGAGUCUUACUAUCACCCCUCCUCCUAUCCUCCUCCUCCGCCUGGUCUCUCCGACAUCCCACUCACUGACUCCCCUUACAGCUCAGACAUGGUGCAGCGUCAGGCGUGCAUGUUCGCCAGCUCCGAGCCCAGACUGGAUGAACUCAACUGUACAUCCUGGUCAUACACCUGCCCGCUCCCCUCUGCCAUGACCCCCAUGAAACCCUACCCCCCUUACACCCCUCAUCCUCCUUACAGCUCCAGCCCUCAGGGUUCUCGACUCAGCACUGGAGCCCACCAGAACUCUCCGCCGCUGGGAGAACACAUCGCCCACGACCCCUAUCAGAGCCAGAGCUCUGGACCUCCAUCCCAAAGCUCCCAAACCAUUCAAAGCAGGCAGCUGAGCUCUCCGCUCCGAGAGUAUCCUCGCUACACGCGGAACCUGUCUCCUCCUCUCUACCACACCCUAGAGACGCAUACACACAUCAGGUGUGGCGUCCCAGAAUGGAGUGCAGCCUCCUAACUGAACCAGAGGACAUUCCCGACAGACUGAUUAGUGGGCAGAGAUUCCUCGUCUCAAACUCAUUGACCCUUCUUUCUGCACUUCUGAAAUAUACGGACACGGAUUUUAACUUUGUAAAAUAACUGUUAAAAGUGUGAUUUUUGUGCUGUGUGAAGAGGUCUCAUUUGUUCCUCAUGUUGCUCCCCUGUGCUGGAUGGAGCACUGGAUUGUUAAAAACUGGACUUGGACAUCCAUGAAGCUUCAAGAAAAAGUCUAAGCAGCACAAUCAAAGUUUUACCUUAUCACCUUUCCAUAACCCAAAGACUGGUUUCAUCCAACGGUCUCCACUGUGAGCCCUAUUAAGGCCGGGCCGUGAACAGCACUAGGCUGUUUUCCACUCAAUGAAUCACACAUUCUUCAUUGUUAACGAUGUAAAUUGUGACACACUGUCACACAGGCAGUAAUAUUUACUGACCAAAAUAAUCUCGGCUCUCACAGCAGCCGGAGGGAGACUUUUUUUCUUUAGUGGAGCAAAGCACAGCUCAAUGCUCAGUCUCAGUGAAGGAGAAAAGGCAGGAGUUUGUGUGUGCGUGUGCGUGUGUGUGUGUGUGUGUGUGUGUGUCUGUCUGUGUGUGUGUGUAUGUGCAUCUGUAUGGAAAGCCUAUGUCAGCUCAGCUCAAGGAUACUAUGAAUGCAUUUUCAAUGAGACAGCCAGUAGUAGCUGCAGGCACUGCACCAUAGAAAUAAACAGUUUGUUUAGACCCUGCUACAGGCUGAAAGACCUGUAAACACAGCUUCCACUGCAUUCUGGGUAAAUGCACAACUCAGCCUCACACAGCUGUCACCGCUGUCCUCUCAGUCACCCCCAGCUGACCAACCAGCUUUCUUCUUGCACUGAGAACCAGCCAAUGAACACACACCUCUCUUUUAUCCCCAGCUGACCAGUCAGAGCUGGAGCACAGCAUGUGUCAUGUGUGCGUGUGUGUGUUGUCCCAUUUUUGUUUGUUUCGGAAUUAUUCAUGAGUCCAGUGGUGAUACAUUCAAGGAUUGCUCAGCAAAUAAAAGAAUCACAGUGCUGUAAACGUGACAGUGUUUAUACAAAAACUCUUUAAAA